ACAUACCCCGGCGAGUGCGAUGAGUAGGAGCAGCCAGCCUCCCUCCUCCAAAGUCCUACUCGCUCUCUCGCUUUGCAUGCAUGCAUGCGUGCGUGCACUCGCCCCCCUCCCCGCCCGCAUUCUCACCCCCUCUCCCCUCCUCUUGCAACCUCAACUCACUUUUUAAGCCAGCCUGAGUCAAGAUUAUAACGGGUUGGAAAUAGAGAGAGCCCCGCCAGAGGAGAGUGCAUUGUUUUGUUUUGUUUCUGAAUUGGAGCGACUGGGUUGCUUCCAUGCCCAGCCGAGAGGAUGAGCAGGAGCAGGAGAUGAGCGCAAGAGCACGUACCGGGCCGGCGCUUUGUGGGACGGACAUUGUCUCUUUGGACACACAUCCUGCACAUUUGGACCGGAGCUGACCACGACCUGGAUGGUAAAUAGCAAUUUAGUCAACUCUACGACAGGAAUGCAGAUGGAUGCGCCGAGGCAAGUUUCCGAUGUAGAGCUUCCUCUCCGGAGUUCCACCUGAGCGUCUGAUGGAUGGUCGUGUUUUGGCCGAGCUGCGGACAUGAAUCGUGAGGCCUCCGCCGUGACGUGGACGCGCUUGCCUCCAGGAGAAAUCUGAGCAUCCGGAAUACACGCAGACUUUUUUUUUUUUUUUUCAUCCGAGCCAACCAGGGGACGCAAACCAUGGAGUUGUUGUGGUUUGGCCUCGGAUUGAGCGCAUGUUUUUAGUCCGACUGUAGCACCCUCUUCCCCUUCCUCCUCCACCCCGUCCCAUCUCCCCCGGUCCUGAAACCCACCACCCCUUUCCCUCAUGUCACAUCUUUCCCAGAAUUAUGGAAAUUUUGUGGAAGACGCUAACUUGGACAUUGAGCCUGGUGGUCGUGGCCGCUUCGGAAUUUCAGAGCGUCAAUCGACUUUUGCACGACUCUCAAGAGGAGUUCCUGUCCUACCUGCAGCACUAUCAGCUGACCGUUCCUGUACGAGUGGAUGAGAACGGAGAGUUCUUGAGCUACACUGUGAAGCACCACCGACCCGGACGACGGAGACGCGGGGCGGUCGACCUCUCGGCGGACCCGCCGGAGUCGCAGCUUUUCUACAGACUCUCCGCCUACGGGAAGCACUUCCACUUAAACCUGACUCUCACCCCUCACUUGGUCUCCAAGCAUUUCACGGUGGAGUACUGGGGCCGCGACGGCAUGGAGUGGCGCCACAACCUGGUGGACAACUGCCACUAUGUGGGAUUCUUGCAGAACCGCAGCGGUGCCAGCAGAGUGGCGCUCAGCAACUGCAACGGCCUGCACGGAGUCAUCACCACGGAGGAAGAACAGUAUUUAAUCGAGCCAUUAAAGAACAUAUCCUCCCCCUCCGGCCAAUGGAACCUGGAGGAAGCACAGCAACACGUUAUUUAUAAAAUGUCCGCCGUGCCCUCGUCGCAGGAGCAGAGCCAGGAGUUGAGCUGCGGCAUUUCAGACCUGGUUAAAAACAGCGCCCAGUCCCCAACAUCCGCUACACCCCAACGUGACGACACGAUCCGAAACGGCACGCAACGAACGCGGCGCUCCGUCAGCACCGAGCGCUUCGUGGAGACGCUGGUGGUGGCCGACAAGAUGAUGGUCGGCUACCACGGCCGCAAAGACAUCGAGCACUACAUUUUAUCCGUCAUGAAUAUUGUUGCCAAACUUUACCGCGAUGCCAGUCUAGGAAAUGUUGUGAACAUUAUUGUGACGCGACUCAUUGUUCUGACUGAAGAUCAGCCCAACCUGGAGAUCAACCAUCAUGCCGACAAGUCUUUGGACAGCUUUUGCAAAUGGCAAAAAUCCAUCCUGUCCCACCACAGCGACGACGGCAAUAGUAUUCCGGAGAACGGGAUGGCCCACCACGACAACGCCGUACUCAUCACUCGGUAUGACAUCUGCACCUACAAGAACAAACCCUGCGGAACGUUAGGCUUGGCCUCGGUGGCGGGAAUGUGCGAGCCGGAGCGGAGCUGCAGCAUCAACGAGGACAUUGGCCUUGGCUCGGCGUUCACCAUUGCACACGAGAUCGGCCACAACUUCGGCAUGAACCACGACGGCAUCGGCAACUCGUGCGGCACCAAAGGCCACGAGACGGCUAAGCUGAUGGCGGCGCACAUCACGGCCAACACCAACCCCUUUUCCUGGUCGGCCUGCAGCAAAGACUACAUCACCAGUUUCCUCGACUCAGGUCGGGGGACGUGUCUGGACAAUGAACCUCUGAAACGAGACUUCCUGUACCCAACAGUGGCUCCGGGGCAGGUGUACGACGCUGACGAGCAGUGCCGUUUCCAGUACGGGGCGUCCUCGCGCCAGUGCAAGUAUGGGGAAGUGUGUAGAGAGCUCUGGUGCCUUAGCAAAAGCAACCGCUGUGUCACUAACAGUAUUCCUGCCGCCGAGGGAACGCUGUGCCAGACGGGGAGCAUCGAGAAAGGGUGGUGCUACCAAGGCGAGUGCGUGUCAUUCGGGACCUGGCCGCAGAGCGAAAGCGGAGGUUGGGGUCCUUGGUCCCUGUGGGGGGAGUGCAGCAGGACGUGCGGCGGCGGAGUCUCCUCGUCCAUGAGGCACUGUGACAGCCCAGCACCUUCCGGAGGAGGGAAGUACUGCCUCGGGGAGAGGAAGCGCUACAGGUCCUGUAACACUGCCGCCUGUCUAUCGGGAUCCCGCGAUUUUCGGGAGAAGCAGUGCGGCGACUUUGACAAUAUGCCUUUCCGCGGGAAGUACUACAACUGGAAGCCUUACACUGGCGGCGGCGUCAAGACGUGCGCACUCAACUGCCUGGCGGAGGGAUACAACUUCUACACCGAGCGCUCUCCGGCCGUCAUCGAUGGCACGCGCUGCCAGGCCGACUCCUUGGACAUAUGCAUCAACGGCGAGUGUAAACAUGUGGGCUGUGACAACGUGCUGGCGUCAGAUGCCAAAGAGGAUCGAUGUCGAGUGUGCGGCGGCGACGGCAGCACCUGCGAAGCCACCGAAGGACUCUUCAACGACUCUCUGCCCCGAGGAGGCUACAUGGAGGUGGUCCAUAUCCCCAAAGGUUCCGUUCACAUCGAGAUACGAGAGGUCACCAUUUCCAAGAACUACAUCGCCUUGAAAUCAGAGGGGGACGAUUAUUACAUCAACGGCGCGUGGACCAUCGAUUGGCCCAGGAAGUUCGAUAUAGCCGGGACCGCGUUCCACUACAAGAGACCCACCGACGAACCAGAAUCUUUGGAAGCCCUCGGGGCAACCACAGAGAACUUGGUUGUCAUGAUCCUACUCCAGGAACAGAACCAAGGCAUCCGCUACAAGUUCAACGUGCCCAUCCAGCGCACGGGAAGUGGCGACAACGAGGUGGGCUUCUCCUGGUACCACCUGCCCUGGUCCGAGUGCUCGGCGACGUGCGCCGGAGGAUCCCAGAAGCAGGAGGUGGUGUGCAAGCGACUGGACGACAACUCAGUGGUCCAGAACAGCUACUGCGACCCGGACGGCAAGCCGCCCGACAACCAGCGGGACUGCAACAGCGAGCCGUGCCCUCCUGAGUGGUUCAUCGGCGACUGGUCUGAAUGCGGCAAGACAUGCGAUGGUGGCAUCCGGACUAGGACGGUCUUGUGCAUCAGAAAGAUCGGGGUGGUCGAAGAGGAGACCCUGGAGGACACCCACUGUCUCACCCACAGACCCAUCGAGCAAGAGGUCUGCAACAACCAGUCCUGCCCUCCCAAAUGGGUUACGCUGGACUGGUCCGAGUGCACACCCAAAUGCGGGCCCGGAUUCAAGCACCGCAUCGCCCUGUGCAAGAGCAGCGAUCUGACCAAAACCUUGCCGCCCUCCCAUUGUCCGAGCCACAACAAGCCGCCGGUUCGAAUCCGCUGCAGCCUCGGCCGCUGUCCCCCUCCGCGUUGGAUCCCUGGCGAAUGGGGCCAGUGCUCAGCACAAUGUGGCCUGGGCCAGCAGAUGCGCACGGUACAGUGCAUGUCCUACACGGGGCAGCCGUCCAGCGAGUGCGCUGACGCCCUCCGACCCGCCGCCAUGCAGCAGUGCGAGAGCAAGUGCGACGCCACGCCUGUCUCCAAUGGUGACGAGUGCAAAGACGUCAACAAAGUAGCCUACUGCCCGCUGGUGCUCAAGUUCAAGUUCUGCAGUCGGGCCUACUUCCGGCAGAUGUGCUGCAAGACGUGUCAGGGCCACUGAGCCCUCCACACAAAGACGAGAAGCCCGCGAGCCAGGAAAGGAACGCCGCCGCCGCCACCGUCGACGAUGACUCUGACGCACCCGAAAUGGGAACGCGACCGUUCGUGGUUGGCCAGAGAGCCAAACCGCCGCUCAGCAGUCUCUCUGACACAAAAACUGUUCACUUCUGUGAAGUGGAGCUCGGAGGAGGAUCGGUUAAUGAUGUUAUUUUAUUAUAAUAAUAAUUCCUGGAAUCAUCGUUGAGUCUUCCUCCGAGUUGCUGUCCGAUCCAAAGUGCUGGACACGUGGCUAACAGAGGACGGACGGACAGGCGAGAAACGCUGUCGUCGGGGCGGACAUUUGGCUUGGCUGCACUUUUUUUGUGUAAAUACUUCAACGCCAAGGAGAUAUGACAGCCCAGAGCAAGCCCCGCCCACAAUCAUCAGCGUACUGUGUAUUUAUUAUACAAAUUCCACAGUAGCCUUCUGUCUCGGAAGGGAAUGUCAUGUCAUUGGAUGAAUCCAUGACAUACUGUAAUUUUGUGUUUCCCAACCUUUCUUGAGCCAAGGCACAUAUCUCACGGCAAGCAAAGAAAAAAAAGGGAAGAUUUACAUAUUCAAUAUAUACUGUAGCUUUCCUUGCCCACAUAUGAGUCGAGUACCUUAACUCAUCCAAUGCCAGCUGUUUCGAAGGCAAUCAUUUAUUCACUCCGAAUCGCUUUCUGUCCGUGGCUUCCUAACUUCCUGUUUGAUGGGGCAUUCAAUACUUAAAGACCACGGGUCACAGCUCGUGAAAAAUUUCAGCUGCCCUCAUUUCUUCCAGCCAAUGAGAACAAAAAGGCCCAAAGUCAAUAUGGUGCUCGUGGUGCUAACCACGGUAAAUGCUGGUCGUGUUCUUGUCAUGUUUGUACCUCACACUGGGAAUGUAUUUGUUGUAGUGUUGUAUUGUCGUACAGCAAAAUAAUAAUAAUAAGAAAUUAAUAACAGGACACUUGAAUCCCGUCAUCAACAAGCCAUUACUGCUGGCUCAGGAAAGCGAAAGUUCAUAUCGGACUCUUGUUGUUGUUGUUGCUGCUGCUGCUAAUUUUUAGCGGCCAACAUCAAUGUCAUUUCUUGAAGGAGGCCGUCGAGCGAUGGGGAAAAAGGACAGCGGCAGAGCGUUUGGAUUUAAAAACGCUCGGACUUUAAACAAACAAAAAAAAAGGUACAUGUUGCUGUGAACUUUUUGAAUGUCACAUUGCUUACAUACUAAAAAGAAAGACAAGGAAAAGCGUCAUGUGAUGAGUUGUGUAUAUUUUAUAUUCAGUAUUAAUGUUGCGACACUGUUACUAAUUUUUUUUCCCCCCCACAAAAUGUAAAUUAUAUGCUAAUUUAUUGUGUUGUCUGUUUAUUUUCACUGCUUGUGAAAUUGACAUUUUAGCAUCUUGGGGAAAAAAAAUAAAAUAAGCAGUGACGCAGCCUCUCACCCACAUUUUUAAAAACAAAAAAGUUAGAUACAAUAAAAUGGACUGAUUUUAAAGAGA